CCGUAGAGCUUCCAGCUCCUCCUUCUGCUGCUCCUCCUGCGUGUGGCUGCCAGGGGCCUGUGCUGGGCCCCGGCGUAGCGAGGGGCAGCCGUGUGCAACUGACAUCCGGCCCACAACAGUCAUGGCUUCGGCUGCCAAACCCUUCUGGGCAAGUUCAGCAAGGGCUGUGUUCCCUGGGGCUGUGGGAAGCAGCAGCUCCCUGAGCCCGAUGCAGCCGCUGCCUCUGUUCAGCAGGGAAGGUUGCAACUACCACAGCUGGGGCAGCACUCCGCAGUGUCAGUACACAGCUGAGGCAGUGCAGCAGCAGCACACAGCUGAGGCAGUGCAGCAGCAGCAGCAGCAUGAUGGGGAAGACACGGAUGGUCAUGGCCACCACGUGCCUCCUUAUUUUGGGCAUCCUGUCAGUCCUGGUAGCCCAUGGGCACUGGAGUACUCUGCAGCGAAGGCGGCGAUCCGCCACGGCUGGAGGCGACGCAGACCCAUCUGCCUGGCUGGGAGUGAGGGGUGCCAAUCUGCCGUAUCUCAUCGAUGCAAAUGCAGAUGCUCCUCAGCCGGAUCCCACGCUGCAGCCCAUCUGGAAUCUCUGGGAGUUGCCCCAUGAGGAUGAGAAGCCGUCGGUUCAGGAAGGAGGCAGCAGCACCGUGACAGUCUCUGCCAACAGAGCGGGGGCGGCUCACCCGGGAGCCGUGCCAGAGGCAGACGAAGUGCCCUUGGAGAAGGUGGCAGAUCCACAAACAGGCAGUCGGACGGUGGCAGUCUCUGAGGAAAAAACAAGGCCAUUCCAGUCAACAGCCGUGCCAGGUGUGGAAGGUGAGAAAAACUCAAAGGCCGAGCGUCUUCUGGGAUUCCAGACCCAUUUCCUCAUAUUUGCCGGGACUUUCUUCUGCUUGUGCCUCCUGUUGUCCCUGUUGGUUGCUGUGAUCUGUCUGUACAAGAAGAGGAAACGGAUUCCCUCUCCAUCUUCAGUGGCCCAGGACAGCACCAGCAGCUCCCACACGAGCAAGGAGAGUGAUCUUGGCUCCAACACAAUCCAACAAAAUGUGAUCUGGACCCAAGGGCAGCAGCCACCAGCUGUGCCAGGAAGCUCCUCUGUCCCACAGCUGCCAUCUCAGACAGCUGGGAUCUGCGGGACUGGUUUAAGCCCAUCGAGCGAGAAAGCAUCAUGCUUGAGCCCCCUUGUCACCAUACCCAAAGAAGCCCGCAAGUGGUCACAGAAGCAAAUCAUAACAACAACAAUAUACAUGACAGACAGGAAUCUUGGAAGCGCUGAAGACUUGGCAGCACUCCCUGAAGCUGACACCAGCUCUAAUCUCAAGCUCAACGAGCCCGCUGGCUCUGCCAAAGGCACUGGAGCCACACAGGCGGGAGAGGUGGGCAAAGGGCUCAUCAGGGCACAGCCCUGA